AAUAUAUUAAUAAUAAGUAUUAUAAGAAUUAGCUUUAACCUAGGUAAAGAAAUUAUUAUUUUAAGUAUAGUAAAAAUAAAAACGUAUUUUAAAAUAAUAACUUUUUAUAUUCUACUUAUUAAUACCUUAUUUCUCUUAUAUUUAAAAAAUAUAGAUCGACUAAGUAUUAUUUUUAAUAAUAUAAAAAAUAGAAUUUUUAGUAAUAAGUAUUUUAAAAUAGUUAAAUAA